UAUGGCAACCAGGAGAAGCCAAAGUUGGUAGAGCCUCUGGAACCGCGCAGGGGUCCCGAGCGUGCGGCGGGACUACGCGCCAUGCUCAUGGCGCUCUACGAGCUCUUCUCCCACCCGGUGGAGCGCGGCUACCGCGCGGGACUCUGCUCCAAGGCCGCGUUCUUCCUGCUGUUGGUCGCCGCGCUCACGUACAUCUCGCCGCUGCUGGUGGCCUUUCGGAGCCACGGGUUUUGGCUGAAGCGGAGCAGCUACGCGGAGCAGCCGACAGUGCGCUUCCAGCACCAGGUGCUGUUCGUGGCCUUGCUGGGACCCGAGCACGGCGGCUUCCUCGCCUGGAGCACGUUCCCCGCCUUCAACCGGCUGCAGGGGAGUCACCUGCGCGUCCCGCUCGUUUCGACUAGAGAAGAAGACAGGAACCAGGAUGGGAAAAUGGACAUGUUACAUUUUAAACUGGAGCUUCCCCUGCAGUCCACGGAGCACGUUCUUGGUGUGCAGCUCAUUUUGACUUUCUCCUACCAAUUGCACAGGAUGUCGACAUUUGUGAUGCAGAGCAUGGCGUUUCUCCAAUCCUCCUUCGCUGUUCCAGGGUCCCAGUUAUAUGUGAACGGAGACCUGCGGCUGCAGCAGAAGCAGCCCCUGAGCUAUGGUGGCCUUGAUACUCGAUACAACGUAUCUGUAAUCAACGGGACCAGCCCUUUUGCCCGUGACUACGACCUCACCCACAUUGUUGCUGCCUAUCAGGAAAGGAACGUAACCACCAUCCUGACUGACACCAACCCCAUCUGGCUGGUGGGAAGAGCUGCAGAAGCUCCAUUUGUGAUUAAUGCUGUCAUCCGAUACCCAGUGGAAGUCAUUUCUUAUCUACCAGGAUUCUGGGAAAUGAUGAAGUUUGCCUGGGUCCAGUAUGUCAGUAUCCUACUUAUCUUCCUCUGGGUAUUUGAAAGAAUCAAAAGAUUUGUGUUUCAAAAUCAGGUGGUGACCACAGUCUCUGUACCAGCAGUGCCUUGUGGAGAACUGUAUAAGGAGCAUUUAUCAUAAGAAGACCCUUUCUGAAAACUCUAAGCAGGACCCUGGCUACCUCACUGUUGUCUUCUGAGAACUGCCGUGUUAGGAAACUUACGAAAAGCUCAUGGACACUUGCCCACAUGUGUGCUUUUCCUAUGGGAGACAAAGAACAAUCCUUUCUAAUUUUCCUCUACACAAAUUGCAUAUCUUCUAAGCUCCUGCAAAAAUAAUCAGGGACUAGUCUUAGGAAACAUCUGAGGGUUCCCGAAGGCUAUAAUUUGCUUUUGUUUUUGUUUUUGGUUUUUUUUGCCUCAGACUUGAAUUUCAGAAAAACUACAUACAGUCAGUUCAGACAUCUUGGAAAGAGUCCCAUCUCUGGUCAAGCAGAGACUUUUCCUCUCUUGAACUGAGAAACAUGCUAUGCAUUUCUUCCCCCAUUGUAAACCAUGCUUUACUCUUUUCAGGGCUCUCUGGUGAUAGAUAUGCAAAUCAUCAGCACUUUCCACUCCUGGGCAUCUAAGUUUCCUAUUCAGAACUGAUUUCCACAACUAAGAGGCCUUUUACUGGGGAACUGGAGAGAGAAGGGGAGUGCUCGAGAGCACAUGUGUGCACGUGCGGGAGGGCGGGCAACUUGAGGACACCAGGACCAUCCGUCCACCUGCCCUGAGCCUAACAGACAGUCGUCUGUCAGCAGCUCAGCUGAACAGCCCUUUAUCCCUGCCCUGCUGGGGCUGGCUCUUUGCCCUCUGUCUGUGCCCCUGGAAUAGCAGGCUGCAGUCAGAUGUGCUGUUUCAUUCACAAGCCCCUCAGCAACAGUGGGGGAAGUAAGGAGUGUAACAACAGGUUCUUUCUCUCUGGCCCUCACCCAACAGCCUGGACACUUGCCACUCCUUCUCCUUGACAGCCCUCCCCCUUCUGGAAAAGGAUACGGGUGACAGAGGAGCUGUUGUUGGUAUUGGCUCCCACUGCCUGACAACCACAGAGUUUACUUGGAGGGCUAGUGGGAAGCCCAGUUACUUGUAUUUCCUGUGCCUAAGGAACAGGGUGCCCAUCAGAGUGGGCCGCUUUGGGGAGGAUCCACAAGGAGCAGGGAGGGGAUAGAGAGGAUGCUAGCCCGGGCAGGCCAGUCCUGGCUGGGCCAUUAGCAGAAUGGCACGCAGUCCAGCCAGGUUGCCCUCAUAACUGAGUGUCCGCGGAAGAGACCACCAGAAUGGGCCUCUUCUGUCUCAUGUGGAUGGAUUCUCCAUUCUCGCCCUAAGGACAGUUGGGCCUGCUUUAUGAUCCUGAGACGUCAUUGACACUGGAAGGACGUGCCCUCUGCAAUCCCACCCAAAGACACCCUCCUGAGUGCAUGCCUCAGUGUACCCUGGAGACUCAGUUCUUAAUUCCACAGCACCUUUUCUUUCAGGCUGACCAAAAUAGGGUUUUGGAAACAAAGCUAUUUUGAAGUAUUCAAGCACAGAAAUAUCCUAACACUGACCCCUCUGCCUUUCAUUUUAAUAUUUAGUGCUGUUUAUAUGCCUAAAGUUUUUUUCCUUGAGAUUUAAAUGAAAAACUGUUUCUGGUUUGAAUCACCAAAAGGUAGAGAGAUAUGGAAACAUAGCUAACAUGACUUUGCAUUUUAUCAAAUUACUUUUCUGCAAAAUGUGUACAAAGGCCCAUGAUGUAACUUUCUAAUUAAAAUGUUCAAACUGGAAGGUUGCAUGUGGCUGUUUAGAAGGAGAGUAUUUGGAAAAGGGAAGGAUGGGGAAGGCAGAGGUGUGCACACUUCUCUUCAUUACUCACCAGCUGCCUUGCUUUGCCAGGGCUCUGCCAAAAGACCUUGGAGCUUUUGUUCACUUCUUGGCAGAAGUCUUCUGGCCCAGCCCCCAGUAAAUGUGAGUUUUUGGUGGAAUCAACAUGGCAUGUGAAAACCACAGGCUGGAAAUUUACAGCUGUGUCUGAUGAAGAUCCAGUUAUUUACGGAUCAGAUGUUGGUAGCUUCUGAACCUGAAUCACACCAGUAUAGUUGCAAGAGGAGAAAAAGGUGAGAAAUAAACAGGAUUUUAUUAACUGAACUGUAACCCAUAGCUAAGUCAGGGUUUGAGACAUUUAAUGUUUGGCAAGGAAAAUCACUAAUUUUGCCAAAUGAUUAUCCAGUUUCUGUUUGAAUCAGGUGAGGUCCAGAAACCCCCAUUUAGGUCCUAUCAUCUAAGGUUAAUAAAGUCUUCGCCUUUCCUUCUCUUCA